GGGCGGGGCGUGGCGGUGGCGGAGCCCCGGGGCUGAUGCUCGGCCCGGGCACGGGUGCCAGCAGCCCCUGGCGUCGGCGGCAUCGGCAGUGCCAUGCUGCCCUGAUGGAGCCCAACGCCUUCCCCCAGCUGCAGCUCUGGUGCCCGCGGCCCUUCGGCACUUACUCCCAGAACAAACCAUGUCCUGGCUCCAGCUCCACCAAGAAACCCUUCUCCUGCCGUCCCACCGAAGAGCCCGCUGGAGCCCGGGCCCCCUCCGAAAACACGCCACCGGCUUCUGCCAACGCCGCCGCGGCUCCCCCGGCAUCGGCGGAGGAAGGCCGAGUGCUGCUGGACACGUGGUACGUCAUCAAACCGGGCAACACCAAGGAGAAGGUGGCUUUCUUUGUGGCACACCAGUGCAGUGGCGGUGGUGGCGGCGGUGGCACCAGCGGCCGUGCCAGCACCAUGAAGGUAAAGGGCAACUGGGGCAGCGAUAGCUCCAAAGCCAAGCGGCGCCGGCGCUGCCAUGACCCCACUAAGAGCAAGCCGAGCCCGGCAUGGGCUACCGGCGGCAGGGACCCAACUUGCCAGCACCCCGGCGAACCGUCUGCCGCUGCCAGCGAAGCCCCUGACUUGCUGUCGGUGGCGGAGAUGGUGGCGUUGGUGGAGCAGAGGACGGCACUGGCGUUGCAGAGCUUUCCCCGGCCCUGCGGCGCUCCUGCCGCUCCCGUUGUCUUUGUGGAGGCGGCCAGCGGCGAAACCAAAGCGCCGAGCGGCUCCGACUGCAGCCGGGUGGCCGAAGCCGUUGCCCACUUCGAGUCGCGGCAGCGGGAGCACGGUGGCACCCGACCCAAUGGGCUGUGCCGCCCGGGCACCGAAUGCGCGGCAGCGGCAUCAUCAGCACCGGGUCCUGGCGAGGUGCGCAUCGCCUUCCGCAUCUCCAGCGGCCGCGAGCCACGCGCCGGAGCCGCCGCGGCCGAGCCGGGUGCUGUCGGGCGUCCCAACUGCGUCUUUAUGAGCUGCGGGACCGGGAGUGGCAGCGGUAAUGCUGGUGGCCGUGCCAAGGACAAGAUCACCUGCGACCUCUACCAGCUGAUCAGCCCGUCCCGGGAUGCGCUGCCCAACAACGUGGAGUUCCUCCUGGCCGCUGCCGGUCCCAAGGGGGACGGGGACGGCCCCGACGUGGACAUGGGGUGCAGUGAGGGGUCAGCGACCGCCGUCAAGCCAGAGACGGGCGAAGGAACCAGUGAGGGGGCAUCGGCAUCGGCGCGGGAUUGCGCCUCCAGCUUCCACGUGGACGUGGUGGUGACGGGGGUGGUGGACCAGUGUGUCUUCUUCGGCAAGGACAGCGCCAAGAAGAUGAAGGAGGAGACGGUGCGGCUGCCAGCAGCGGUGCAGGAGGACCCACCGCCUGGGCAGCUCUUCCUCCUGCCUGUCCCCGAGGAGACGCCGGCGGUGGAGGACACGGAGGCCAGGGAGGAGCCACCCGCCAUCCCUGACCCCUCGCUUUGCCGGUUGUACCGUCACGUCUCCCAUGACUUUUUGGAGAUCCGCUUCAAGAUCCAGCGGCUGCUGGAACCCCGGCAGUACAUGCUCCUGCUGCCGGAGCAUGUCAUGGUGAAGAUCUUCAGCUACCUGCCCACCCAAGCGCUAGCCGCCCUCAAGUGCUCCUGUCACUACUUCAAGUCCAUCAUCGAGACCUUUGGAGUGCAGGCUACGGAUUCCCGCUGGAACCGCGACCCCCUCUACCGUGACGACCCCUGCAAGCAAUGCAAGAAGCAUUAUGAGAAGGGGGACGUGUCCCUGUGCCGGUGGCACCCCAAGCCCUACCACCAUGACCUGCCUUACGGCCGAUCCUACUGGAUGUGCUGCCGGAGACCCGAUAAGGAGGCACCCGGUUGCAGGGUGGGCUUGCACGAUAACAACUGGGUACACCCGGCCACCCGGCGCGAUGACGGCAGGUGAAGGGACAAGCGCCGGCGGGGACGGUGGUGGCGGAUCUUUGGGACACGGAGGGGGGAGGUUGUCUGCUGCAGUUGCUGGAAAGGGCGGAGGAGAAGGUGGAAAAAAGAAAAAAUAAUCAUCAAACCUCAAAA